AUGAGAGCAAUUAAAGCUAUUUUCUUUGGGAUUAAAAAACAAAAAGAAUACUUUAUUCACAUUCAAGCUCUUAAAAGAGUCAAAAUAAGUGCCAUAAGCCAAAAUGAAAAAGCAGAAGGUCUUGCUCUUAGAUCAUUCUGUAAAAAAGCUCAAUAUAUUGGUGCUUUUAGCUCAGUUGCUGUUGCUUAUUAUAUUCCUGUUCCUGAUUUUUUUUAUCCUAUCUUUUGAAGAUUCUGUGCAUGUAUAUUAUGCUAUCGCUCUAUAACUAUCCCAAUUUUUCUAAAACAUAUUGAUUUUUCGCUUAAUAUUUCUAAAAAAUACGAUUUAAUGAGCAAGCCUGAACUAUUGAACCCCCUCAUAAUAUUAACAAAUUAG